AUGACCGUUUCGCAGCUCCUCGUCAUCCUCGCCGUGGUCCCCCUGAUGUCUGCUCAGCAACAAUUUACCUACGAGAACUAUGGCGCCGAGAAUUGGCCGUUGGAGUUCCCGACCUGCGGAGGAGACCUUCAGUCCCCGAUCGACGUGAGCGGCGCCGUCCCCGCCGACCUGGGACCCUUCCAGUUCAAUAACUACCGGCAACCUGCUCAGGCCACCAUCUCCAACAACGGGCACACGGCCGAAGUGACAUUGAACACAAGAACUAUACCGACGGUGGAAGGAGGCGGUUUACCUGGAUUGUACGUGUUCGACCAGCUCCACUUCCACUGGGGCUCCUCCCCCAACUGGGGAUCCGAGCACACUCUCUUCGGCUCCAGAUUCCCGAUGGAGAUGCACAUGGUGCACUACAAUUCCAAGUUCAAGAGUUUCAAGGAGGCGGUUGCCUCGGGUGAACCAACGGCUGUCGCCGUCCUCGGCUUUUUCUUCCAGGCGACGUACAACUGGAACCCGUAUUGGGAUAAUCUGGCGAGAGCGCUGGCCUUUGUAGAGGAGCCGAACACGGAGCACCAGGUGAACCCACCCACCUCGCUAUUCCAGUGGAUGCCUCCCGACCUGAGUAGUUUCUACCGGUACUACGGCUCGCUCACGACGCCUACCUGCGAUCAGGUGGUCGUCUGGACGCUCUUCGAGACUCCCAUCCCCAUCGGCCUGCAACAGCUAGCACAAUGGAACCGCCUGAGGACGACGACGGGGAGCGUGCUGACGGACAACUUUCGACCAAUGCAAGCCAGGAACGGCCGGCAAAUCCUGUACAAUCAGCAAUGGCGACUCACACGGAUCAAGGAGUGGGCGGGGCUUAUUGGUCACGUGGGUCAUGACGUAAUCGGGUUCCCGUCCUUCCAGUCCAAGGAGGUCCUGCAAGUUCUCCAUAGUCGAUCGCGAUUCCGGAUCCGAGCGGCUGGGUUCCGCGUGGAAGCAAGCUUCAUCUUCCCGAAGAAAUCGACAGAGGUGCAAGCUGCAAGGACGCUGGUUCGGCACCGAGAUGGAGCUGAAAGCGGUCGCGACGAGGGAGUUUCGACGCAGAUCGGGUGAUGGCGCGCAGGAUGUAUAUGCAUGCAUGGUGCAUAUAUGGGUGCAUUGAUUGGGAAAUGCGUUGCGUAACAGGGGAAACGUGUUGAAAUAUUAAAGGAUCACCAGGACCAGGACAUGUAAGGUGAUGGACAAGAAAUAAACAGAACGCAAAACGUCGGUGAUUCGACACCUAAAUAAAACGGAAAGAACUCGGGAUUCACAAAUCACGAUGCCCGAUUAAGACACGCAUGCGAACGGAAGGCCCAAGGAGAUUUCCAGCUAAGCGGAAGGAAGGAAGAAGGGCGUCGACGGCAUGCGGUUGAAGUCGCUUCCGCCUCCGUAGAUAUGGCUUCCAAGGGAGGACGCUGGGAAAGGCUCUGGACGGAGGAUGCAUGGCGAGGGCGAUUCUCCCAUCCGUUUCCCGGAUGAGGCAAGAUAGAGGCUCUCCUCGGGAAUCACUUCUUUGUUGACAGAAUUAUUCAUCCCAACUGGAGUAAUUCGGUCUUCCGGUGACGAUAAGUC